AUGUUCGUCGACUCAAAGGAGGUCGUGGGGGAACUAAAGCAGCUGAUCAAGCAGAUCUAUAGAUCUGUUACCCCCAACGUGUCCAGGGCAGUGGCGCAAGCGGCUGUGGCACGAUUCCAGGGAGAGCUGGUGAGAACCCAGCAAGCGAGUACACCCGAGCAAUCGAAUGUCGAUCUGGGGCAGCAGUUACCGGCAGCGUUCACUCAGCUGAAGUACCAUGGAAGCGCCUACAAACUGCUUCAUGAGCACUUGGAGAGAUGCUGGGUGGCCUAUUCAGGAGCUCGUGGCACGUUCACGGCUCCGUGUACCGCGAUUCUGCAGAGCUCUGGCAGUGGAAAGAGUCGAUCUCUGGAACAAAUGGCGGGCGAGAUGUGCAAGAGGGACAGCGAGAGCAUGAGGGCGAGGGUCCUGUAUAUGUGCAUGCGCGAGAAAAGCUCGACGGGUUUUCCGCUGUCGACGGAUGCACUAGCCAGUUGGCUGUUUGCUCGCGGUCAAACCGAACGUGAGAUUAGCGAGAAAUUAGUGGUGAUUUACGAGUACGCUCGGCAGAAUUGGGAGGAAGUUGGGGAUGAGUGGCUCCAAUUGUUUACGAGUCUCAAGGCCGACAGAGCGGUGGCUUCUGCCUCGGAAGCGGCUUCGGAACGUGACGCACAACUGGAACAAAAGAUGACGCAUAAGUCUGCAAGUGAUGCCAAGCAGGGAUCCACCAAGCCGCAAGUGGUCAUCUUAGCUGUAGAUGAAGCCCGAAUGCUUCUAUCGCUGCAGCACAUGAAGGUCGACUACUAUCGUCUACUGCGCAGAGCCCUUGUGAUGGCGAACGAAGCAAUCGGUCUUGAUGGGGGCAUUUUGGCGGUACUUGUCGACACCAGCUCCAAUGUAUCUGACCUGCUGCCGCCGUUGGCGUCGGACUCGUCAUCUCGUAAUCAUGAGCCAAACCCAUUGACAUUGCUCCCAGCGCUGGUGCUUUCCCACACAAUGGACUCGUACUGGCGCCAUCAGCUGCGGGAGGAAGGCAUUGACGUAGGCGAAGACGACGACAUUCCGAUACAUGCAUACCAGUCUAUCGUCACGGAGAAAGAUGAAGCGAAGGUGUGGCGUGCUCUCGUCGGAAUGGGGCGUCCACUGUGGGCCAGCACCUUUCUAGCUGCGGGUGGAGAGCUCGACGCUGUUGGCGCUGUGGUAUCGCUCGCAGCGCACAAGUUUAUGCUGGGAAAGAAUCCGAGCAACUCGGCCAGCUAUACCAAGGAGACAAAGUUCGGUGUCGCCGCUUUGUUGUGCCGAUUGUGUCUACGAGCUCAUUCCACGUCAUCGUCCGCAUCUCAAGCAGUCGCGGAUUUCAUGUCAACCCUCUUGUAUGUAAACUACAAGCACGAUGGCGUGCUCAGCAGCUAUGAGUCGGAGCCGGCUCUGGCGUUUGGGGCCACGCACGUAUGGUACAGUCGGCGCAAUGCACUAGCUGAGUAUAUCCUGCCACAGUUCAAGAAGAUGGUACUAAACGAGACGUUCGACGCAGGCGCUAAUGGUGAAGUCGUCGCUCGCAUCGUUUUGCUGUUGGUGAUGGACGCGGCGGUAGUUAUGGAGAGCGAGGAAAAAGACGGUGUCGCCAAGCUUUACAAUUUCACGUUUAAGGGUCAAUUGGUGGGUGUUGCAAGCUUUCUAAAGUUGCUGGUUGGUGAUAAACCCCGAGUGAUGAAAACUAAAGCAUCGCAAGCCCCGCAACAGGACGUCCAAGCUUUUGAAGAGUGGCAGUCGAAGUGGAACUCGUGGAAAAUGGGUUUCUGCCAGUUUGUGCAGCUGGAUGAGGAGCCUACAGAGGGCACGCUAUGGUUUCUGCUUGGACGUCGGGCCGCUGGUGUGCUACCGCGCAACCACAACGGAAUCGAUCUGAUUAUCCCUAUUUUCUCCGACAUCAAAGGCCCGAAGGUGUCGAUGAUUUUGGUGCAAGUGAAAAAUGUGGAGAAAGGCGAGAACUGUUUCCUUGAAUCGGCAGGAAAGAAAAUGGGUCCUACGUUUGCGUUCUCGAGUGGAAACACGCUGAGGGAGAAGUCGCCGGCCGACAUG